UAGAUGGCUGAUGUAUUCUACCAGACAAGAACCAUACAUUUUAUGGUACUGUGUACCAUACCAAGAUCAUCAUAUUACUAUGAUGUCAUCUCUAAUGAAAGCGAUAGUUGUCUUUUGAAUUACAGUACAUCAAGUCAAUGAAUGAAAAAAUGUCAAAAUGUCAUCCUAAUUGAAUUUUAGCCCACAAUGUUAAAAAUGUUUGAAGCGAUAUACUGUAUCAAAUAUAAUUGUGAUGCAGUGGUAAGACCAGUAUGAAUCCAGUGUAUUCGCAAAAUGGAACAUGUUUGACUGCAGCUCCCAAGACAGUAAGGUGUACUUUAAAACCAGAUAGUUCAACAGUGACGUAAUGUUUUUGGAAAACUAUCUAUUGUGCACCAUUGCUGGUUUCUGUUGUCUCUCUGUCCACACAUGAAAAUGUAUCGUGACGACUUUGGGUUGUAUUCACACAGACACGGACACAAACACACACACAGCCCUGCAUGCGCCCAUUGUAUGCUGCAGAACGAGGCCAGGGUGAGCUGGCACUUGUAGAAUUUGGACCACUGAGGCAAACUACGUGACAGGUUGGAUGACUACAGGGUCUUCCUACGUGCUGCCAGGCUCAUCAGUGAUGGCACUCUUUUCUGAAAAGAUGAGAAAACAAACACACACACUCAUUUGAAAUAUUUCCGCUUAUCCUCACUUGCGUCACAGGUGUGCUGGAGCCUAUCCCAACCUGAACUGUUUGUCAUCCCAUUGCAGGGCACAUAUAAAGAAACAACCAUUUGCACUUACAUUCACACCUACGGGCAAUUUAGAGUUUUCAAUUAACCUCGUAUGCAGGUUUUUGGGAUGUGGGAGGAAACCGGAGUACCCGGAGAAAACCCACGCAGGCACGGGGAGAACAUGAAAACUCAACACAGGCUCUAACGGUAAACUGAGGACUGAGAUGUUCUGCUCCUGAUUUCCCAUCUUGAUAAAGGCUUCCACCACUGACACAACACCAUGGCGUCUAAUAUAAUUGUGGAACAACAAUUUUCCCACAAAUUCACUGUGACAGUCGUUCGUGCAGAGAGCGUCACCAAGGGAGCACUUGGGGACUUGUUGGACACACCAGAUCCGUAUGUGGAGCUGUACAUCCUGACAGCCCCAGAAAGCAGGAAGAAGACCAAGCACAUAGACAACAACAUCAAUCCAAAAUGGGACGAGACGUUUCAUUUCAUAUUAGACCCCAACCUGCAGAACGUCCUUGAGGUAAAAUUAAUGGAUGCCAAUUAUGUGAUGGACGAGACCCUUGGGACUGCUUCCUUUGACAUCUCCAACCUCAAAGUGGGCCACAAACAGAAGGAAACCUUCCUUAUUGGCAAAGCAACCAAGGUCUACUUAGAGAUGUUCCUGGAGAUAUGCACCAACUUGGAUCUACGCUUCAGCCUGGCCCUGUGUGAGAAUGAGAAACAGUUCCGGCAGACCCGCAGAGAGAGAGUGAUGCUGGGCAUCAAGAAGCUGCUAAACAUGGAGAAGCCUCGAUUCCUUCCCAGCUCACCAGAAGAGGUACCAGUUAUCGCUAUCUCGGGUUCAGGAGGUGGCUUUCGUGCCAUGGUCGGCUACUCGGGUGUGAUGAAGGCCCUGUUUGAGUCUGGAGUCCUAGACUGUGCCACCUAUAUUGCUGGUCUCUCCGGAUCCACCUGGUACAUGUCCACCCUCUACUCGCAUCCUGAGUUUCCUAACAAAGGCCCAAAAGAGAUCAACAAGGAACUAAUGAACAGAGUCAGCAGUAAUCCAUUGAGGCUCUUGCUGCCCCAACAUAUAACCAACUACAUCCAAGCUCUGUGGACCAAGAAGGCCUCUGGACAGCCAGUUACCUUCACCGAUGUUUUCGGUAUGCUUAUAGGAGAAACACUCAUACCCGCGAGGAUGGACAUCAAGCUAAGUGACAUUCAGGAGAAAAUAAACCAGGCGCAAAGUCCUCUUCCCCUCUUCACCUGUCUGCAUGUCAAGCCAGAUGUUUCUGAGCUCAUGUUUGCAGACUGGGUAGAGUUCAGUCCCUAUGAAAUUGGAAUGGCAAAAUACGGCACCUUCAUGACACCUGACUUGUUUGGUAGCAAGUUCUUCAUGGGAACAGUUGUCAAGAAAUACAAAGAAAACCCUCUUCACUUUCUAAUGGGUGUGUGGGGCAGUGCCUUCUCCAUUCUUUUCAACAGAGUGCUUGGGGUGAAAGACACAACCGGAGGCUCCACCAUGGAGGAGGAGUUAGAGCAGAUUAAACCACAGCACAUCGUAGGAGAAGACAGUAUGGACAACGAGGAUGAACCCCGCAAAGGUGGCACAGAGAACCAGGAGGCAGAGGACGAGUAUCAUCGCACUGCUCAGGCCAGCUGGGUUCAAAGGAUGUUCACUUCCCUUUUCAGUGACUCAUCCUUGUUCAACACCAGAGAGGGCCGCGCAGGCAAGGUGCAUAACUUUAUGUUGGGCCUGAACCUGAACACCAGCAUCCCUUUCUCUCCUGGCAGUGGGCUCAUCUGCUCUGCACCUACACCAGAGGAGGAGGUGGAUGCUGUGACAGACCCAGAUGAGUUUGAUCGUAUCUAUGAGCCUCUAGAUGUGAAGAGUAAGAAGAUCCACGUGGUGGACAGCGGCCUCACCUACAACCUCCCCUACCCUCUCAUCUUGCGGCCCCAACGUGGCAUCGACCUCAUCGUCUCCUUUGACUUUUCUGCACGACCUAGUGACUCCAGCCCCCCGUUUAAGGAGCUCCUGUUGGCUGAAAAGUGGGCUCGAAUGAACAAGCUUCCAUUCCCGAAAAUCGAUCCAAAGGUCUUCGACCGAGAGGGCCUCAAGGAAUGCUAUGUGUUCAAACCCAAAAAAGGCGAAAAGAACUGCCCCACUGUCAUCCACUUUGUCCUGGUCAAUAUCAACUUCAGGACAUUCAAAGCGCCUGGUGUUCCCAGAGAGACUGAGAAAGAGAAGGAGUUGGCAGACUUCGACAUCUUUGACGAUCCCGAGUCGCCGUUCUCUACCUUCAACUUCCAGUACUCCAAUGAGGCUUACACGCGACUCCACGACCUCAUGGAGUUCAACACCCUCAACAACUUGGAGGUAAUUAAAGAUGCCAUCAAAGAUUGCAUCGUGUCUCGGAAGGAGAAUCCUUCAAACCGCGCGUCGGCCUUCUCCCUCAGUGAGAUACCCAAGAAGAGGUUUCUCAAAAGGAAUCUUCAUGCCAAACCCUGGACUCACCAUGGAAACAACCAGUAAUAACCAGUAGUCUGCUAGAAGAUGGAGACUUUGGAUUCACUUUUUGAUUCCGUUUAUAGUACCGCAUUUUCUUUUUGGAAAAUGAUGAUGACUUUGUAUGUUGUGUCACGAUGUUGUUGCUGAAUUGGACCAAAAUGGGGUUUAGUCAAGAACUGUGACGUUUACUGGUUAAAGCCUUAGAAACACACUGACAUUUUUCACCUGACUUCAUUUGCACCCUGGGAAAACUGUUCGCAGAUCAGAAGCAGCUGAUGUUUUGUUGACCCCUGGUUGAGACUGGAUGUCAACAAUUAUACUGUGUGAGCAACAAGAUAUCGUUAUUCUGCUUUUUAAGAAACAGCUUAGUCACAUAUCCAUGCCUUUUAUAUCUUACUGCUUACUUGAGUAAAGUACUUUCACACCUUG